GCUAGACGAACGCCGCUGGAAGCCAACCUGCUUUCGCAUCUUUCAAAAGGCGUCGAGAGCUGACUUCCAAGAACAAUAAUAUUCCAUUCAGCUUUCCCACCGACUCCUGAAAUAACCGAUAGACGGAAGAAGAGGAAGAGGAAGCGGAUCGUCUCGUAGUCGGCCGGAAAUGGCGGGAUGGACGGGAAAAAGGGUCAACGUUGCGUUUUCCAAGCCAGAGGAGCCAGCCUUCUUGAAGAGGUUCAAAGAACGUGUUGGUUAUAAGGAAGAUCAAGGGAUGUCCGAUAAGUUUGCAAAGAUGCCUGAAGCGACAGACGAGGAUCUUGAUGACAAAGACGACGAACUUCCUCAGGUGGUGAGUUUAAGGUCUGGUGACUUGACGCAGGAAGAAUACGACCAACUGCGCUCAGAGGGCAAACUCGACGACCUAUUGGAGGAAGGGGAGGGCGAAGUUCAAGGGCCAAAAACAAGAGAAGAAGUGGACGCACCGGCUGACGGAAAGAUAAUUUUCCGUAAACCGGCGAAGAGAAGUGGAGACGAAAAGGAUGGAAAGGGCACGGAGAAGAAGCAAAAGGGAGAGGAUAAGAACGAGAAGCGGGAGAAGAAGAGCAAAAAGGAGAAGGAAAAAGAAUUGAAGAAGAUUAAACUUUUAUCGUUCAAUGAAGACGAGGAAGAAGAGGAUUGAAGAUUUUUUUUUUUCCCCCCAAAUCUCGGUUAUUAUUGUUUUUUUCUUUGUUUGGCUAAACAAUUUGUAAAACAUAUUGUUAAGUAUUUUUAUAGAAAUACACUGGAUUAAUGUCA